GGAUUUGGUGUUCUCAACAGUUUAUUAUAGGGCAAACCCUUUCACUGGAUAUUUAGCCAUUUUGCAACUACAGAUGAAUAUGUGAUAAUUGUUUUCAGUCAUGAGGACCUUGCUGUUGAUUAUAUUCUCUAAAUUACUUACUGCUCAGCCGUCACCCACAAUUAGUGUUACCUGUGAGGAAUCAGAAUAUGGGAUACCACCGGAAUGGAUAGAGAUUCCUCAGGCCAGUCCUUCUAAUCUGCUCGCACUCAAAGUUGCUGUUCUGCCUGAAGACUUUGGGGACAUUCGGCUGAACAUAAGUUGGGCCAUCAACAUCGACAAAAGCAUUUACUAUCUCACAGGAACUUGGAUCGAUAUAGGUGAUGAUAAAUACCGCUGUCGGUAUGAACCACCUUUCGAAGAAGUUGACCUCAGGGGUCUCGAACAGCUGUGGUUCUAUUACCUUGCACCUGCAGAACCAGGGUCCCACCGGAUCAUCACUGCUUACAAUCUCCCGAAUCCGCCAGAGGGCGAAUUUUCCAAGUUUACGACAUAUAAUGUACCGUAUCCGACAUCAAAUGACCACACAGCUGAGUUGACCAGGCCUACUUCAAACCCCACUGUGACGCCCAACUCUGUUCCCACCCGUAAUGAUGAUGAGGGGAAACCAGCAAGCCUUCUAAUAGUCUAUCUUGGAUUCUUAGCUGGGCUCGUCGCACUGGUGGCCUGCUUUCUCACUCUGUAUCAAAUGUAUGGAAUGCACUCAAAUUCCCACUUCACUGAGCUGCCGAAGGCAACUGAGGUCACUGUGUCAGUGCUGGUGGUGUACCCUGCAGAAAACCCUGUCUUCCAGAGAGCUGUGCUAGCUUUUGCUGAGUUCCUCCAGUGGCAUGGUGGCUGCCAGGUGGCUAUCGACAUGUGGCAGCGUGGCAGGCUGGCAGAGCAGGGCCCGAUGCGCUGGCUAGCAGAUCAAGCCAAAUCCGUAGCCAGGGUGAUGGUUGUAAGCCCGCAGCCCAACCACUGCCACACUGGCCCAGGGGAACACACAGUACCAGCCGCGGCUCAUGACCUGUUUCCUCUGGUGCUCAACAUGGUGGCAAGCCACACUCAAAGCCCCAACGAGCUGGCCAAGUUCUGGUUGGUGCACCUAGGCACGGCCCCGGAGAGGAGCGGCCUACCUGUGGAAUUGACAUCCUGUAGGGAAUUUAGUCUGAACAGGGACUUGGAGAAACUGUGUAGACACUUGCAUCAGCAGGGCUCCAAAAGACCAGGGUUAAUGUUCAGAUCAGGGUUGGCCUAUGGGGAGAAGGCGACAGGGAAGCUAAAGGAGGCUGUGCAGCAGUUAGAAGCAUGGCAAUGCUCUCAGCCAGGAGGUGCAGGGGAGGCAACUCCUUUGACCAAAUUGAUGGCUAGACUGUAAGAACCUGAUGAUGCUGGUGUGAUGACAAACCCAGAGCUCUUUGACCACUUGUAAAGCAAUGGGACUGCAAAAAUGAGGGCAUGCUAACUUUUCUCACUUAGCUUUAAAAUUACUCUUUAAAUAGUUUAAUAUGUUAUUUUUCAUCAAAUGUUUCUGUUUUGGAAAUGAAACAAAUAUUCUAUGGCGUUGACAUUUCUUAUAUACUUAUUGAAUGUUUUG